AUGCGGUCGCCAGCUCUCCGCCUCGCCCGGGGCGUCUUCGGCCAGGCCCAGCAAACCCGGACCCUCACCUCGGCGGUGGAAGGGAGGCCCGCGAGCACCAGGUCCCGGCACCUCAUGUCCAUGGCCGACGUCAGCCGGGACGAGCUCUCGCAGCUGGUCCGCAACGCCGCCGCCCACAAGCAGGCCGUCAAGACCGGCGGCAGCCUCCCCAAGCCGCUGCGCACUGCCCUCCGCGGCAAGACCGUGGCCAUGAUGUUCAACAAGCGCAGCACCAGGACCCGCGUCUCCACCGAGGCCGCCGUCGCCCUCAUGGGCGGCCACCCCAUGUUCCUGGGCAAGGACGAUAUCCAGCUAGGUGUCAACGAGUCUCUGUACGACACGUCCAAGGUCAUCUCGUCCAUGACCUCGUGCAUGGUCGCCCGAGUCGGGCCGCAUUCCGACGUGGCGGGCCUGGCGGCGGACUCGGCCGUGCCCGUCAUCAACGCGCUCUCGGAUGACUUCCACCCGCUGCAGACCAUCGCGGACUUCCUCACCAUCUACGAGAGCAUCCCGGCGGCCAAGCGGGCCGCGGGCAGCGGGGUCGACCUGAUCCCCGCGGGCGUCAAGGUGGCCUGGGUCGGCGACGCUAACAACGUGCUGUUCGACCUCGCCAUGGGCUGCGUCAAGCUGGGCGUCGAUAUCUCGGUCGCGACCCCCAAGGGCUACGACAUCCCGCACCAGAUGGCCCGGCUGAUCGAGGCGCAGGCCGACGGGGUCAAGAACCCGGGGACGCUGACCCAGUCUAGCCAGCCCGCGAAGGCAAUCCAGGACGCCGACUACAUCGUGACGGACACCUGGGUCUCCAUGGGCCAGGAGGCCGAGACGAAGAAGCGCCUGGCGGACUUUGAGGGCUACCAGAUCACCAACGAUAUGGCAGAGAGGGGCAACGCCGCCAAGGACUGGAAGUUUAUGCACUGCCUCCCUCGACACCCGGAGGAAGUUGCCGAUGAGGUCUUUUACUCGGACCGAUCCUUGGUCUUCGAGGAGGCUGAGAACCGGUUGUGGGCUGCCGUUGCGGCUCUGGAGGCCUUUGUAGUCAACGGCGGUAGAAUACUAUAG